UCCACCAAUGCGUGAGGCUCUUGCUAGCCCGAGGCCGCCCCUGCCCGGAGCUGAGACCGGAAGAUGGCGUCGGCCGCGGAGUUGAAGCUGCUGGAGAAGUCCCUGGGGCUGAGCAAGGGGAAUAAGUAUAGCGCUCAGGGCGAGCGACAGAUUCCAGUUCUUCAAACAAACAAUGGUCCAAGUCUAACAGGAUUGACUACUAUAGCAACUCACCUAGUGAAACAAGCAAAUAAGGAGUAUUUGCUGGGAAGUACUGCAGAAGAAAAAGCAAUAGUUCAUCAAUGGUUAGAAUACAGGGUCACUCGAGUAGACGGACACUCCAAUAAAGAAGAUAUCCACACUCUGUUGAAGGAUCUUAAUUCAUAUCUUGAAGAUAAAGUCUACCUUACAGGAAAUAACUUUACCUUAGCAGAUAUCCUAUUGUACUAUGGGCUUCAUCGCUUUAUAGUUGACCUGACAGUUCAAGAAAAGGAGAAAUAUCUUAAUGUGUCUCGCUGGUUUUGUCACAUUCAGCAUUACCCAGGCAUCAGGCAACAUCUGUCUAGUGUUGUCUUCAUCAAGAACAGACUAUAUACUAACUCGCACUAGAAGUUACCCAUGUUGUGCCGAAGUGUGAUUAAAAAUGUUUUGAAAGCGUAUUCUGGACCUCAGUAGUAACGUAUAUUGAUACAGUCAUAUUUCAUUUGUUAAAGUAGGUAGAAUUUUAAAGUAUAAACUGGUGUCUGAGUGUUUUUAUUAUUUGUUCUUUCGUUGAAGUUUUGCAAUUUUUAUGUAAAAAUGCAACUGCUGUCAAAAAAAUUGAAAUCAAGUUAUAAAUUACCUUCUUUUAUAGAUGAAAUUUAUUUUAAUACAAGUUGCAAAUCAGUGGCUUAAUCUUAAAAAUAGGUAUCCUUACAGUGGUUGACAUAAUUGGCUAUUUAUUAAUCUCUCUUUCAUAUUUUAAAAUUCAUUUUCCUCAUGGAUAUUUAAAAUAGUUUGUUUAUUAAAACCUAUGAUAACUUAUGCCAAGGAUAUAGAAAGGGAAGACAAAUAUAUUUGUUUUCAAGUGUUUAUGUGAACUAGUAAAUGU